AUGCUUUCCGCACUAUGGCGAGCGGCGCGCCACCAGUUUGAGAGAGGGUCCAAGCUUGAAAUCAACAGAAUCCGGGUGUCCGAACAAGAACGCAAGGUAGCGCGCCUCAGUCAUGGCAACUUACGAAACGGCGUGGAAGAAUUCCAUAAAGUCGGUCUCGUCAUCCUAGAGAACGCGGUUGAGCCUCGUUCUAUCGAUCACGUGCUCCAGAGGAUGCUGCAGGAUUUCAACAGCUACUCACAGUCCUCAGCCCUCCGCUGGAAUCAGGGGCGGAAUUCUGGUAACAUCUCGCAACCACUUCCAUCGUUUCCUGAGUAUCUCCACGAAGAUAUAUGGGCAAACCGCCUCGGUGUUGAAAUCAUUGAGAACAUCAUCGGUCCUAAGCCCCAUCUCUCGCUCGCUACAUCCAACAUCGCCUUGCCUCGGUCUCAAGGGCGACAAGCGGUCCAUAGCGAUUACUACUGCGAACAUCUCGACUUCUCAGUGUUCCUAGAGGUCAACAUAUACCUGCACGACGUCAACCCGCGUAACGGAGCUACAGAGUUCUGGCUGGGCACGCACAACGGUUACUCCAAAGCCGAUCACAGCUCGCCGACCACCGGCUGGAUAAAACAUGAAGUGUUCAACCGGCGCGCGAAGAUAUCACCACCAGUUCAGCCAGCAAUCUCGAAAGGCUCUCUGGUGAUUAGGGAUUUACGAUGUUGGCACGCAGGACGAGAAAACCACACUGACGAUGCACGUAUCAUCUUGGGUUUCUUGUACAGUCCUCGCUGGUUCGGCUCCCGCAUGCGAAUGUUGCUACCAAGCAGUGCUCGACCUUUACUACAAUCGUGGACCCACAUUGAUUGCCUCCAGUCUGUGGACUUCGUUGCGGGCAGGUUUGACUACCUACAUUUCCUUCAAGACAUCAAUUUGUCACGAACCCCGUCACAAUACCGUAUACCGUAUGUAUCCAAGCCGGGUGCGGUCACGGUCACAGCGCAGGACUAUUGGACGCCUCCUUGA